CUGGGAGCAGAGUAAGAGAAGCACAGGGCUGUUUUCCUGGCUGAAGAAUACCAUCCUUCAUCUUUAUGAAUAACAUGUACUUCAGUUGCUAGGGUUUACGUCCACUCACGAGGCAGCAGGGCUCCUUCAUCACGAUCAGCUGCUGAGGGUCCAAGUGUGGAAUAAACUAUGAAGAAAAAAAGCAGACAUCCAAAGUCAUCUGAGGCUUCACGAAAGACCAACCGGACACAGACGAGCGUGACCGUCAAUGAAGGGAAGAGGCCACCUGGAAACAGAGGGAGACCUCGGAAGACCGGCCCUGUAACUGCAGACAGUUUCUACCAUGAAAACACUGCAACACACACAACCUCUAACUCAGACUUAAGUGUGACAGACACAAAGAAACACACAGAGAGCAAGGCGAAAUCAUCAGGUAGACUGUCUACUGCUAUCUGCAGGCUCUGCCAUGGGAAGUUUUCUCCACGGAGCCUGCGGCAUGCCUUCAACAAAUGGCCUCAGAAUUCGACAGUUAUUGUUGAAGACGAGUCAGAUUCGCCCCUUUUAUUCCACACGGACUUCCAGCGACUGGUCGGGGUCCAGUUGGACCGUGACCCACGGUUAUCAGAAUAUAUCUGCAAGAAGUGUCACACCAAGUUCUACAAGUGCCACAGCAUCCUGGUGAGGUUUCUGCAGAGAGUCAACCUCCUGCCUCCUGUUGGGAAAGAGAACUCUAAAAGCCGGAAGAAUGCAAAGUGUCCAGAAUCAUCAGUAAACCAUGGAUCAACAACGACACCGUCCUUUACCUCGGACCCUAAGUGCCUCCAUAAUCUGGUAUCCUGGGCUCACCACCACGGAGAAGGCUGCCGAUCCUGCCCUGACCUGAAGGAGGUGCUGGAGGGUCGGUGCUGGGGUUCCGUCAAGGCCGUGUGGGGUUGUGUUGAUGGCCACAGCUACACCAUGGACACCCAGAGCAGCAACCCCACCAACCCAGCAUACACGUUGAACUUUGGAGCCUUAGGGAGUGGAAACGGUGAUGGAGGGAUGUCUGAGGAGGAGGAACAGGAGCAGGACGAGGAGGUGGAGGAUGAUGAAGAAGAGCAGCCCGGCGGGAAUGCAAGGACCCCAGCAGGAAGUACAGUCGGUCUGGCUAAGCACAGUGCACCUACAGUGAAACCACAGACUCAUAGCUCAGCACUAACUGACUGGACCAGCAACACUGAAGAUUUUCCAGGCCAUGAGGAGGCGUUGUCUCCUGCUCCGGCCCAGAUGGAGGACAGGAAUGCUGACAGUGAUCUGUCUGACCGAGUCAUCUCAGAGGAUGAGUUAGAGGAGAGCAGAAAAGGAGGACUGUCAGACGAUGAGUUGUUUGAGCCAUACUCAGACAAGAGGGUGAACAUCCCCAGCAAGAGAAGAAGAAGCCCGAAAAACCCAGAGGAACCGAAAAUCAAAAAGAAACCAGGACCCAAACCUGGCUGGAAGAACAAGUUCAAACCUAAAGGAGAGGAGCUACCCAACAUCUACAAGUGUCCAUAUCAGGGCUGUACAGCCGUUUAUAGAGCCCCUGAUGGACUGAAGAAGCACAUAAAAGAGCAUCACGAGGAGGUGAAACAGCGACCCUGCCCUCACCCAGGCUGCAACAAGGUUUUCAUGAUCGACCGCUACCUGCAGCGACACGUCAAGCUCAUCCACACAGAGGAGAGGAACUACAUUUGUGACCAGUGUGGCCAAACCUUCAAACAGAGGAAACAUCUGUCAGUUCACCAGAUGAGACAUUCAGGGGCCAAACCACUGCAGUGUGAGGUGUGCGGCUUCCAGUGUCGCCAGCGAGCGUCGCUAAAAUACCACAUGACCAAACACAAGGCAGAGGCAGACCUGGAGUUUGCGUGCCUCAUGUGCGGCAAACGUUUCGAGAAGGCCCACAACCUCAACGUCCACAUGUCCAUGGUCCACCCGCUGACUCAGGCCAAAGUUCAGAGAAGCAGCAGCCAGCAGCAGCAGCUCUAUUCUGACCUGCACACCAUCACGCUGACCGGGGAGGUGGUUCAGCAAGACCAGGACAGAUGA